UCCCUGGCCCUCCUACUGCCUUGAGGUCUGCGGGCUUUGAACUCUCAGCUCAGAAGGCAGGCAGAGCUAUCCCAGGGAAACAUGAGCGAGAGCCUCCAGCAGGCUUCUGAUCGCGCCAGGGGGGAGUUUCUAGGGAAGUAGCAGGAGAGGCCAUCCAGAGGUGGAUUAAAAGGCAAGUGCCCGAAGGAAGGCGACAGCAUGGUGGCGCAUGAUGAAGUUGGAGGUCUCCUGCCCAUUAAAAGGACGAUUCGAGUCAUCGAUGCUCAGAAUCAAUCUUUCCGCGAACAAGAGGAGCCGAGUAACAAGCGGGUUCGACCUCUAGCUCGCGUCACGUCCUUGGCAAACUUGAUCUCCCCCGUACGAAAUGGUGCAGUCCGGCGUUUUGGUCAGACCAUCCAGUCCUUUGCCCUCCGCAGUGACACCAAAUCCCCAGGCUGUUCCCGCAAGUCAUGUAGCAGAUCUGCUGCUCCAACGCCUCCCAAGAGACGCAACAGUGUCCUGUGGUCAGAGAUGUUAGACGUCAACAUGAAAGAGUCUCUGAGCACCAAAGAAAUUAAACGCCAGGAGGCGAUAUAUGAGCUGUCCAGGGGCGAACAGGAUUUAAUUGAGGAUCUUAAGCUUGCCAGAAAGGCUUAUCACGACCCCAUGCUGAAGCUGUCCAUCAUGGCGGAGGAGGAACUCACACACAUCUUUGGGGACCUGGAUGCCUAUAUCCCGCUGCACGAAGACUUCUUGGCCAGGCUAGGAGAAGCAACGAGGCCUGAUGGAACAGUGGAGCAAAUUGGGCCCAUUCUUGUCAAGUGGUUGCCAGGACUCAAUGCCUACAAAGGCUAUUGCAGUAACCAAUUGGCGGCCAAAGCUCUUCUGGAUCAGAAGAAGCAAGACCGGAGAGUCCAGGACUUCCUCCAGCGCUGUCUCGAAUCCCCCUUCAGCCGCAAGCUCGACCUCUGGAGCUUCCUGGAUAUUCCUCGCAGUCGGCUAGUGAAAUAUCCACUGCUCUUAAAAGAAAUCCUGAAGCAUACUCCGAAAGACCAUCCCGACGUCCAGAUUUUGGAAGAAGCGAUCUCCAUAAUCCAAGGAGUCCUCUCGGACAUCAACCUGAAGAAGGGCGAAUCGGAGUGUCAGUAUUACAUCGACAAGCUGGAGUAUCUGGACGAGAAGCAGAAGGACCCUCGAAUCGAAGCCAGCAAAGCGCUGCUGUGCCACGGGGAACUGAAAAACAAGAAUGGGCAGAAGCUCUACGUGUUCCUCUUCCAAGACAUUCUGGUUCUCACUCGGCCAGUCACUCGUAACGAGCGUCACCUGUACCAGGUGUACAGACAGCCGAUCCCAGUCCAGGAGCUGGUGCUGGAAGACCUUCAGGACGGCGAUGUGAAAAUGGGAGGUUCCUUCCGAGGGGCUUUUGGCAAUUCCGAUAAAGCUAAAAAUAUCUUCCGCGUUCGAUUCCAAGACCCUUCCUCCGGCCAGUCUCACACGCUGCAGGCCAACGACAUCUUCCACAAGCAACAGUGGUUCAAUUGCAUCCGAACGGCCAUCGCGCCCUUCCAGCGAACAGCUGCUUCCACGGAACUGAAAGAGUUGCCCGAGCUCAGUGAAGAGUCGGAAGAGAACAACCCGUCUGCCUCCAACGUCCAAGUCCCGAGGAGGCAGCCCGCUAGGUCGGGGGUCGUUCACAUGGAGCUAGACGAACACCCAACCGAGUGUUGUUCCAUUAUGGACACAGAGGAAGCCAAGAGCAGGAAAACCCACCGAACACAGUCUGGGCACAAAAGAACAAGAGAGAAAUCACUAAGCAAGAAAGGGAAAGAAACAUUAGUGUAAAGGAGCCCAGGGAUUCACUCGUGGGAGGACUGUUUAUUUAUAAAUAAUGUGUACAUUUGUUUUCUUGUAACAUGGACAUGGUGGCAUUACUCUGAUGAACAUAAACGUCUUGUAUGUUGUUGAAUGGCAGCUACUGGUAAUGCAGUUAUCACUGUUAAUCUGGAGUCUGUUUUUUGAAGAAGCUAUGGCAACCUUGAUUCAGAUUCUUAAUGCGAAAUAAACAAGGAUUCAGAAGUCCUAAUGCUUUUGACUCUUAUUUAAUGGCAGAGUUGAAGGGUAGACUUCCGUUUUCCAAAACAAUGUUAUGGUACCCUAUUUAAAACUGGAAAUCCUCAAGUAAUCUGUCCUGGCGACCGUGUAAAUGCGCCCCCCCCCCUCCCGAGGGCAACUCGGCACAUUUUAGGCUAUAGAUCGUGCAUAACUUAUGGAUCAAUGUUGCAAAAGAACUUUAAAAUUAGACCUUAAAACCGGAGUAAUAUUGUAUUCUUGCCCUUAUGACAGGCAUGUUUUUGCAGUGUUUGUUUAUUUUAAUUCAUGCAAUGCCAAGUUUGAAAAAACAGACCCCAGAUUCGAUACCUUUUCCAUUUUACCUACUGGAACUCUGCGUCUUUGUUUGCUCGCUGUACAUUCCUGGGUUUCAUUUACAUAACCUGCCAGGUAUUGCAUUUUUUAUAUUUUAAAAUAGGGUUUUGUAGGACUUUUUGUUUUGUAUUUUUAAUUAUUUUCAGUGUAUUGUAUUUUGAGACUUUGAACUUGGCAUUUCCUUUAAGUUCUUGAGCUUUCGGGUUCAAAAAUGUCUGUGUGCAUGUGUGUGUGUGUGUUUGUAUUUUUGUUUUUUACAAUCAAUUCACAGCUUUGCAAAAUGAAACCAAGCCAUAGUGUUUUGAGGCGAUGGGAAUGAGCGGAGGUAAUUAUCUUGGUGUAGCAUUUUGAGUUGGUUACGAGAAGUCUGGUCAGUAGCUGGUGCGUGCUCUAAACUACUGAAAGAGAACUGUGUGGAUAAAAGGUGAAGGCUUUAAGAAUGUCGUGGAAGGUUUGGGUGGGGAGAAGCGAUGUCAAUGGCAAACAGAGAGGAGAAAGUUCACUUUUUGUCAGAAUGAAAUGUCUUCUGAUUGCUGGAAUAUGACAGCCCGUUCUGGAGGGGAUAUUGUAUGUCGGAAAAGGCUGGAGAAGAGAAGGGAUGUGAGGUGAUGGCGAGAAGAAAUGGAAAAUGAGUGAGUAUUUAUACUUGUAAUUACAAGUUUACACAUUUUGGUGGCCUUUAUAAUCCUAGAGAUGAGUGAAGGAAGGUUGUUCCUUUCGUUAAAACAGUAACAAAGGCACAUCAUAAUGAGCCUAAAGCAUGACGUGAAAUUGGCUGUCAAGAGGCUGUAACUCAGCUGUAAAGGGUUAUUGUGUGCAAGAUGUUGGACUGGCAGUCAUGGAACUAGGAAGAGACUGUAAAUAGACACAGCCAAAUGAGUGGUUCUCUGUAAAUGUACUGUACAGUUGCCAGUGCCAAGUACAAUUAAAUUCCUGACAGCA